AUGCCGUCACCCCACCGACACCAUUGCACCGACUUGUGUGGCCCUAUCUUCAAAUACUACCUCCCCAAGGACGACUCAAUCCGCUGGCACCCAACCUGCUGGCACCCCAGCUAUUGUCUUGAAGGUCAGCAAUCGCCAAAAGCCAUCGAGCAGCCUGUACGCACAAAGAGCAAGAAAGUCAUUAUAAGGUUGUUGGGCAUGGCCUCUGAAAUCGAGUUCGACCAAUGGCAUGAUGGUGAAUGGUACGGCAAUAUCUGGAAGGAUCUCUAUGAAUCUUGUAUCAUGCCACUCCGCGAAGAAGCCGAGCGAUCAGGCAAAGCCAGGAUGCCAGUGAUAACACUCGAAGCCGUUGAGCGUCGUACGAAAACCUUCGACAGCAGUUGUAUCGAACGCUUCGAGGAAUUGUGGCCGGGUAAAGACUCAUGGGACACUAUCGAAUACUACGCGGUAUAUCUGGGGGCCAUGAGAUUUUUCAACACUUGGAAUACCGACCUCUUCGACCGCGGGUCCGGCGAGAACCUCACGGAGCACCAAAUGAAUUGUCUCUUAUGGACAGUCAUUCAAUACGAUUUGCACAACACAACCAAGUCGCAGUUGAAGUUGGCCGCCGAAAGAAAACGCAAAGCUGAAGAGCGGGGAUUCUGA